GAAAGUAAACAUCAAUAAGGCCAUGUCCUGCGUCAGUGACUUCCUGUCAGCGUAGAGAGAAAACGUAUUUACUGUUUACCGAACUAAAGUAAAAUUCUUUCCCAUGCGUCGAUACCUUCGUCAUAGGCCUUCCGGUGUGCCGGGCACAUAUAAGCUGCCGCCGUGCCCAACACAGCCACACAAACUCGACUUCCUUCCUCUAAGUGGACCGUCGCAGCGUCUCCUCCACCUCAACCACCAAAAUGUUUGACGGCAAGAAAUUCUUCGUGAUCGGCAACUGGAAGAUGAACGUCGACAAGGCUCGCAUCGACAACAUCGUGAAGAUGAUGCGCGCUGCCUCUCUCAGCCCCAGCACAGAGGCGGUGGUAGGUUGCCCAUCAUGCUACCUGGCCUACGCCCGCCAGCAGCUGCCGUCCAACAUCGGUGUGGCGGCACAGAACUGCUACAAGGAAGCGCGAGGCAACUUUAGCGGCGAGAUCUCGCCGGCCAUGAUUCAGGACUGUGGGUGUGAAUGGGUGAUCCUGGGCCACCCGGAGCGUCGGACGCUGUUCCAGGAGUCAGACGAGUUCAUUGGCCAGAAGGUAGCACACGCCAUGAAGGCGGGACUCAAGGUGGUGGCGUGCCUAUGCGAGACGAAGGAGGACCGUGCAGCUGGACUCACGCAGGAGGUUCUUGCCGCCCAGCUGGAGUCUCUGGCGGCGUCGAUCAGCGACUGGUCCCGGGUAGUGUUGGCCUUCGAGGCGCUGUGGGCCAGCAACACGGGGGUGCUGGCCACGCCCGCCCAGGUACAGGAGGCCAUGGCCAUGAUACGGGAGUGGCUGCGGCUCCACGAGGGGAACAGCGUCGCCGACAGCACGCGUCUCAUCUACGCCGGCUCGGUGUCCUCCGGCAACUGCGAGGAGCUGGCGCGGCUCAAGGACGUGGACGGCUUUCUUGUGGGCAGCGCUGCGCUCAAGCCAGACAUCGUGGACAUCAUCAACUCCGGCGGCUCCCACGUGUCCAAGCUCAUCUCCUACUUCUCCGGCGAACACCAUGACGAGAUCUCCGUCUGAGCACGUCGUCUGGUGCGUGGCACCUAUGCCGUAAUAUCUGUCGGGUAUUGGGUUGCGAUGCUUGGUGUGUGAAUCCCAUAUGUCUAGUCCAUGUGGAUGACGCUAUUUAUUGUUAUUUAUCAUGCAAAUUUAUAUUUAUGAAAAUAGAUUAUAUAAAACAAUACUCGAAAAUUUAUUUUUCUCAACAAAGAAAAGACAUAUAAUGUGAUAUACUUGGAGUGUGUGUGUGUGUGUGUGUGUGUGUGUGUGUGCGCGCGCGCGUUUUCGGGUGUAUUUGUGCCUGUGCGUGUUUGCCUAUGUGCGUUUGUGUGGGGGGAUAUGAUGU